AUGCACUAUUUGCAAAGAAACAAGAGGCGGUUAGGAAAGAUGUUGAAAGAGCGUUUGGCAUAUUACAAGCAAGGUUUGCAUUUUAUUAGUGGACCAUCGCGUAUGCGGUGCAAGGAAAUAAUUGGAGAAAUAAUGAGAGCUUGUGUCAUUAUGCACAAUAUGAUUGUGGAAGAUGAACGUGAUUCGUAUAUUCGUCAAUUUGAUUAUACAGAUAAUGAUGUUAAUUUUAAUAUAGUUAGGCCUGAAAUUUUCCGAAAUCGUUUACCUUCAUAUGAAAUGUAUCUUCGGAGUCAUGCAAAAAUUCGUAACAGAUCCAUAAAUCAAAAACUACAAGCAGAUUUGAUUGAAGAGAUUUGGAACUGA